AUGGUUUCCCUCCGCUAUUCGUUCGUUUCAAUUUCGUUGGGGUUUCUCCUGAUCAAUGGAAUCAGAGCAACGCGGAAAUGGGAGUACGAACCCAUAUCGGUUGCUGGAAUCUCUUCGAAUGACAGUUUAAUUAGUUUCGAUAUCAAAAUCGUUCGCAUAACUCGUGGAGAAUUUGGAGUGUCAGGCAUAGUUGAGUGGAACUACGAUGCUACUGACGAAACUACGAUGGAGGCCGUGGUCUACCGAAGCUCUUCGGGAGAUGAGAGUGACUACAAGGUCAAUAAUUCAAAAGCUAAUCCAAAAUUGAUUUUAUUUUUUGUUCCUUUUGUACUCAUUCAGAAGAUCUUAUCCACGAUAUAA